CGGCCCCAGCCCCGCAAAGGGCAGCGAUGCUGAUGCUGGACUGCAAUUCAGAGUCCGGUAGUUUCAGCAACCUAUUUGAGACAGGAACCGGUGUGAAUGCACCUGCAGAUGCUUCUGGUCAGUCUCCAGCUCACUUGGCUGCUUGUGGUGGUGAAGCUUUUUUCCUACUUUGGCAAUUGCAGACAGGAGCAAAUUUGAACCAACAGGAUUGCCUUGGAGAAGCACCGAUACAUAAAGCAGCAAAAGUUGGGAGUUUGGAAUGCCUUGCCCUCCUUGUUGCUGGUGAUGCUAAAAUUGACUUGUGCAACAACAGUGGACAGACAGCAGCAGACCUUGCACUGGAUUAUGGCUUUCUGGAAUGUGCCAAGUUCCUCAGGACAAUUGAGCACACUCAGACAAUGAAACUGAGAGGACAAUCUGGAUACUCGCUAACUGACAGACACGGCCUGCAGAGGGAGGAUCCAACUGCACAGAAACAAGAAAGUGAAACCAGCAGAUCCAUAAACAGAAAGAGGAGAAGAUCAGAUGAUCUUGUCUCCUAGCUGCUAGAAGAAACAGCUUGUAAUCCCAAUAUGACAUAAGGGGAAUCUGAAGUCAGAAGAACGAUGACUGGAUGAUACACUGAGCAGUCAGAUGUGUGUGCUGGGACAUUGUCUCCUUCUGAGAAGGAGGAAAGCUUGUUUAUUGUUACUUCUUACAGAAGAAUGUUGUGAGGUUUUUUU